AUGGAGACAGACGCUCUACGAAGCCCGCAAAGGCCUGGACAUCGACGCAAUGCUUCCUCAAAGUCGAACAUCCUCCGCUCCCUUGUCUCGCCCAAAGCCCGAUCUGACGACUCCACGGUUGCGAAUGUCUCGAACAUGAGGACACAGACCGUCCCAUUGCUACCGCCCGAUCACCCACAUGUAUCAAGAGGGAAGGUACUGGGAGAACGACAGAACAAUGCUCGGUCACCGUCCGCAUCGCCAUCCAAAAGCCGGCCUCGGAACAUGGUCUCUUCGAAGACCAGCAGCGACAUCCGGCCCAAGCAAGAUGCCUCUCAGCAUGGCCCCACUGCUUCGAAGAAGUCCAAGUCCUCAACGAACCUAGCGGGGAUGUUUGCUCGCAUGAACAGGUCCAGCAAGGAUCUUUCUAGCCAGAACCAGAGGGAUAAAGAGAACACCACCCCGCCAUCUUCCUCUAACGGUCGAACACCCGCAGAGACUCCCAUAUGGGCGCAGUAUGCGUCUACGGGAAAGGUGCGUCCUGAGAGCAAAGACGGGAAGAAGCAACGUCAGAGUGUAGAGGAGGAGAUCAACAGGUACACGCCAAAGGACUAUUCACCUUCGAAACAACGCAACUUCAAUGGCGGCCUAGACCAGCCGGAACUCAGGCCUACCCUGUCUAGCAGACCCAAGAGCAUGUACGCGACCGGCACGAGCCUUGUUGAGGCUAUUGAGAGACGUGUUAGUGGAGAGAGCACACGCGCAGCAAUGGAAGGGCGGAGAUCAGAAGACUUUGGCUGCCGGCGGAGUAAAGAGGACACCAGACCGGCGCCUGUGGCGAAAGACUUGGGACAGCGCAAGAUCAGCGGCAGCAGCACAGAGCAGGCGCCGGUGAAGGAUAGGCUGACGAUCGCAAAACGCACUGCUGGGGGAAGAGUCAUGGCUGCAGUCGCCGCCUUCCAGGGCAAGGGCGGGAACAAGGAUGGUCAGAAUGCCGGCAAAGCAGACGCGCCUCUGGAUGAGAAGGAAGUCGACAAGGCAUUUGAGGCAGUGCUGGAUUCCAGGAACGUGCCGCAAGCUAUGCGACAGAAGAUGCGCUCUUUGACCCUUCGCGUGAAAGCAGACUUCAUCAAGCAGGAUAUGGAGUCAGCAAAGGCAGCCGGCAGCAGUCCUCCAGGCACAGCAGGCAGCACGGACAGCGAUGAGCCUCAAUCUCCCGCGAAGGCCACGCAGGAGGCAGAAACACCUACGACGGAAGAGGACUCCUCGAAAGCCACCAAACGUUCGCGGCCACGGUCACGUACAUUUACAUUCUCCAAAGCCGACAAGCGCACGAAUGACUCGUCGCCAACCAAGAAACAACGAUCGCAGAGCAGGAAUCGUGAGCCAUCGACGACUCGGGUCCCGACAACAGCAUCAACUCCACGAGCCUCCAUGGACAAGAAGCGUGGCUCUCUUCCCGCCGUGCCAUCCGACUACAUUAGCUACCUACGCAAACACACGGACCCGGUCCAGAUGGAAGUGGGACGACUGCACAAGCUCCGCAUCUUGCUUCGAAACGAGACGGUGGCAUGGGUUGACGGCUUCCUGUCACUAGGUGGGAUGACUGAGAUCGUCGGUCUGCUGCACAAGAUUCUGGACAUUGAGUGGCGAGAGGAGCAUGAAGAUCAGCUCUUGCAUGAGACUUUACUUUGCUUGAAAGGCUUGUGCACAACUGAGCGUGCCAUGGAAGAGCUGGAGAAGGUCGCAGAUAAACUGUUCCCGGCCUUGAUCGGGAUGUUGUUCGAUGAGGACAAGAAGGGUCCGGCGGAGUAUGGGACGAGGGCGAUCGUGAUUACUGUUCUGUUCAACCACCUUGCCGCUGCUAUGGGCUCGGCGUCUGUCUCGUUGGAGGAGCGAGCUCACGAGAUCCUGGCCUACCUUGGAGAGCCAUCGAAGCCAGAAGAUGUACGACCGGUCGACUUCGUCCUCGAUAUGCGAGUGCCACGGCCGUACAAGCUGUGGUCGCGCGAGGUGUCCAACGUGACCAAGGAAGUCUUCUGGAUCUUCCUGCAUCAUCUGAAUGUCAUACCUUUGCCACGGCCAAACACUUCAUCAUCCACGAACGACAGCGCACAAGAGUCCUCUGACGACGCCGACCGUGCUAAAGUGCUCGAAGCAACAUACACCCGACGCCACUUCCCAGGCAUCCGCCCCCCAGUGCCAGCAGCACCCUACAUCGGCGGCGUAGAAUGGGACGCCACAACCUACAUCACCGCACACCUCGACCUCCUCAACGGCCUGAUUGCCUCCGUCCCCACCGCCAUCGCGCGCAACGCCCUCCGCUCCGAACUGAGGGCCUCCGGCUUCGAGAAAGUCCUGGGUAGUACCCUGCGCACUUGCAAGGAGAAGUUUUACGGAGGCGUUCACGACGGCUUACGGGCGUGGGUCGCUGCUGCGGCAGAAGAUGGCUGGGAGACGAGCUAUGUGCGAGAAGGACCGACGUUGGAGGAGCAGGCGAGGGGGUAUAGUCCGAAGAAGAGUCCGAAGAAGAAGGUUGAGGCUGCGCCGAAGCUGGAGGCGCCGAAGUUGGACCUGGGGUUCGGUGGUGGUGAGAAGGCGGAUGGUGAUGAUGUUGAUGAUGGAUGGCUAGGAUGA